AUGCCUGAACCUAUCUUUGUUGCAAAUGAAGAGAUAGAAGAACUCAGAGCAUCAUUGCUAAAAUCUGAAGAAGAGAAAAAAGAGUUACAAGCAAGGUUAGAAAAAGAUGAAACCAUAUACUGGGAGGAGCGUUUCAUGGUGUUGCUUGGGCAAUUGAAGAACCAAGAGAUUUAUAAAGAGUUGGAAGAUAAAGGCAAGCAUUGGAAAGAUUGCUUUUCCAAAUUGGAUGAAACCAUAUACUGGGAGGAGCGUUUCAUGGUGUUGCUUGGGCAAUUGAAGAACCAAGAGAUUUAUAAAGAAUUGGAAGAUAAAGGCAAGCAUUGGAAAGAUUGCUUUUCGAAAUUGGCAAUGCUAGCUAAUCAGGCAGUACCGUGGAAAUACGAAGUCACAUCCCACUUGGUAGAUCACCAACCAAGUGAUGGUUGUGAACCUAAAGGAACUGAGGUCACUAACAUCUCAGGGAUUGGUGGAAUGACUCGGAGUGGUCGAGUAUACACUCCUGAGAAACUUAGGAAAAAAGAGGUUAAUGGAGAAAAGGGAAAAGAAGAUAUGUAUCAUACCAUAAAAGGACAAGAGAUCAGUAAAAAAACGGUGUCUGAAGAAGAAGCUAGAUCGGACGUUAUUCCGGUUCGUCUCCAUUUUCGUGAAACUAUUCCUCAAGCAAGGCAGCCGAUAAGUCAUCGAAGGGUUUGUGUGAAUAAUCGAAUGGUAAGCAUUACUCGUUUGAAAGUUUCCCACGGUGAUCUAAUAUCUUUUCAAGAAAAUGACGCGAGAAUCCGCGGUGAAGAAAUUAGGAGAUCUUUCUAUAUCGAAAUAUCAGUGGAUAAAAUCAUAGGAAAAUUCCUGGAUCACCCGGUAAGAAUGUGGAGAAGAACCAAAACAGAAUGGUUCCACCUACUCAAAACUAAGCGGGGAUGCCGCCUACUACUAAAAUCCCGGUUUUUGCAACAACAUUUGCGUUAUUCUAUGCAAGAAGAAGACUUUGAAAGAACAAAGAAGUUUGGAUCCGAAAAAGUAUGCUUAGGCAGUUCCUUCGCUGAGCACAACAGAAUGAAGAGGAAUUUGUAUCAUUUCAAAUCCCUAUUCUUAUCGAAGAGAAGAAACGAGAAAAACCGAUAUCUUCCUACUCGAACAAGAAGUCCUAUAGUUUACAACUCUUCUUUAUAUAGUAAUUCGACCUAUUGCUCCUCAUCCCCCCAUCAGUUUACUAUGAAGAGAAGAAUCAAAAGGAUCGAACUACCUACUCAUUAUUCGGAGGUGAAUCAUAGAACACCAAAAGCGGUGGUAUUUUAUGGACCUAACAUAGGUCACAUCCCUCACGACAUAAGAUUGAAAGAUCCAAACCUUCCUCUUCGGAGCGGAAACGGACGUGGCCAAAACAUAUAAAGAUCAGCGUAGUCGCUCAUAGGGACAUAUCUAUCCGGAUAGAGGAUAGUCUAGAUCGAUUCAUAGAUAGAUUUAUUUCUAUCCAUAUAGAUAGGUAUCUCCGUGGAUAGAGAUAAAGAUAGGGAUCCAUCUAGAUCUUGCUUGAUUCACUAUUUCCAUUUUUUUUCUUGAUUCUGAUUGAUUGCCUUUUUGACGACAAGUUUUAAAUCUUAAUGCAGGCAAGGUACGUAGUUCUCGACCGUAAGGGAGAAGGAAAGAUUUUCAAUUCUUACUUGCUGGGUCGGAGCGUAGACGAGCGAGCAGAGCCCAGGAUACAGGGAAGCCCGUCAUAGAGCAGUCGACUAGAAGUAGAAGACUGCUGGCCUGAGAGAAGGCGGCCUCCCUCGGGAAACAUGGCCCAAUUUAUCUUCUUUCUUUUUUUAUUACCUUCUUUUAAGAAAAGUGAAGGAUUAUGCACGUGGAAUACUCCUUUCCAUUUCUUCUUUCUUUUCUUUAAGGGAGCUGUUCCAGAAGUUGCACUUUCUUUCGAUGUUGGUCCAGGCCCCCUAUCCAUUGGCAUUGAAGUAGGCAAGGCCAAUCCAUCUGUUAAGUCAGCUGGUUCUAGGUCAAAAGCUAGUGUAAAAUAUGUCUUUCUCGUCCUAAGCCCUAAAAGUGCUUCCGCCUUACCUGGAGUUGAAGUUACCGUUGGAGGCCUUUGAGUUCCAGUCUCAGUAGUGGUCUUCCCUAUAUGUACAGGGGAGUAGUUAGUUGCGAGUGUCAGAUAAGAUAAAAGUGCUUUAAAAUUGGAGAAAGAUUAAUUUGAUCAUCCCAAGGGAAAAUGAAUGGGAAGGGGGCGUCUUAGCUACCCUUCAGGCUAAUUAUAAGAAUAGGAUGACUUACCUUUACUGUAAGGCUUUUUGGAAGCCUGCUCCGAGUAAACUCGCGAUUCUUUCUUUUAGGCGGACAAUUCUCUAUAUCGACUAUCUCGAGGAGGGAAUUCCUUAAGACUACCACAGCCUCCGCCGCUGCAGCAGUAUCCUCAUCAGAUACAGAUUCAGAUACUACUCUUUGCGACAUAUGUUUAACUAGCCUUCGGGUGGAAAAAGAUUAGCAGUUAAAGGAGCCGCAUCCAAAGCAAUGAAAUUGUGUUGCGGAAAUGAGUAUACUCUUGUUUGUGGUAAAUUUACUGGUAUUCAAUCAAUUAGGUAACUCUUAGCAAGUGCUACGA